CUUUCGCUAGUGUGAGUUCAGCAUCUCCUUGAGCUGGAGACUUUAAAAGUGCUUUGUUAUCGGGAAAAAUUAUAAAAUCUUAGCCCAAAAAUGGCCCGGGUUCCAAUAAGAUCUUCCGUAAGAAGUCGAGAUUCUUCCAGCACAUCCACUGGUGUUGAUCCUAGGGAAAAAAUCAAGAAUUAUUGUCGUAAGGUGAUUGCGUUUAUGUUCACCCAGGUGGGUGUGGGUGGCCUUGUUGUUGGAUAUGCUUUGUUGGGAGCCACUGGGUUCAAAGUCAUAGAGACUCAAGACGAAUAUCCACAAGUUUUGACUGUGAACAUGCUGCGCAACAAUUGUGCUUUUGAACUCUGGGAAGUAGCCAGAAAAUUCAACAUUCUUAAUCACAGCGCCUAUAACAUGGACACAGACCGGAUUCUUCGGACUUUUCAAGAUAAUUUCACUCAGGUGAUCAAGGACGGGUACACUGGAAGAUCUGUUCAUGAGGUCUGGACUUUCCCAGCAGCUCUGAUGUUCUCCCUCUCAAUCAUGACAAUGAUCGGUUAUGGGAACAUGGUCCCAAGAACAAAUUGGGGCAAAGGAGCCACCGUGAUGUAUGCAGUUGUUGGAAUUCCACUUUAUAUUCUCUAUUUUCUAAGCAUGGGAAAAGUCCUCGCCCAAUCCUUCAGGUGGUUGUACCGAUGGAUGCAUCAAUGCAGUGGUCGCCGAAAACCUGGCCAAAGAAUCAUCGUACCCUCAACCGCCUGUCUCUGGGUGAUUUUUGGCUAUAUUCUAGUUGGAGCUAUCAUGUUUGCCGAGUGGGAAAAAUGGGACUACCUUGAUAGUGCAUAUUUCUGUGUCACUUCUCUCUGCAAGAUUGGAAUCGGCGACUUUGUACCAGGAGCCAAUAUUAUCGAAUCCAGCGAUGGAAGACAAACGAAACUCGUCAUCAAUUUUGUCUAUUUGCUUUUAGGAAUGGGGCUGAUUGCCAUGUGCUAUAAUCUCAUGAGGGAAGAUGUUAAGGUCAAAGCCCAUGAACUUAAAGAAGACAUGACUCAGGCUUUGGAUGAUUUUAGACGGCGAGUGCUCACUUGUUGUCGAGGAAGUCCUGAUUGAAAAAUUUUCAGUAUAGUCGAUGACAUUCCUCAAAUUCUUUCUUUAUGGAAAAUUCUGUUGGAGCACUUUUUGGUGACUCAAAGAAUCAGCCUGGAUUUUUCUCCAGAGUGUCUCUAUAAUCAAAUCCUGAAGAAAAAAAUAUUUCCUGACGAUUCCCAGGUUUUUUCCCGGGUGUAAUUUUUCUUAAUACGGAGAUUCAAGUAUUAAGUAUUAUCGUCCUCAAUAACCCGAAAUUGUUCACCUGUGAAUGAUUAAAUUAAAACAUCGGACUAUGUAUAAUACGAUUUUGCAAGUUUAUUGUAAAUACUGUUUUGCCAGUUCUUGUAAAUAUUAUCUAAGUGUUUAAAAAUGAUACUACACCAAACUG